AUGGCUGCUGGUGCCUAUGGAGAACGUUCUUUAAAGGAGACACCCUCAUGGGCUGUUGCUCUUGUUUGUGCUGUUUUUAUUAUAAUUUCUAUUGUCAUUGAACGUGGAAUUCAUUCCCUUGCAAAGCGACACAAAAAGGCCAUGAUCGAGGCUCUCGAGAAACUUAAAGCAGAAUUGAUGCUACUAGGCUUCAUAUCGCUACUCAUAACAGUUGGUACAAAACCAAUUUCUAAGAUAUGUAUUCCUGAGAAAGCUGGAAAUAUCAUGCUUCCAUGUAAGAAGGAAAUAAAGAAGGAUUCUGACAAGGGCGAACCUGGUGAUAAAGACGACAGAAGAAAGCUAUUAUGGUAUGCUGGAGAUGCUAUAUCGCAUCGCCUUCUUGCUGCUGCUGCCGGCGGCGAUGAUUAUUGUUCCCAAAAGGGUAAAGUAUCAUUGAUUUCACAAUCGGGGGUGCACCAAUUGCACAUCUUCAUAUUUGUGCUUGCAGUAUUUCAUGUUAUCUAUAGUGUAGUGAUUAUUGCUCUGGCAAAGGCUAAAAUGAAGAGAUGGAAAUCUUGGGAAUCGGAGACGUCAUCUCUAGAGUAUCAAUUUACUAAUGACCCUUCAAGGUUUAGGUUCACUCGUCAAACUUCAUUUGUUAAGCGGCAUACUGGCUUAUCUGCUACCCCUGGCCUUAGAUGGAUUGUGGCUUUUUUUAGGCAGUUUUUUGCUUCAGUAACAAAGGUUGAUUAUCUUACGUUGCGACAUGGAUUCAUCAAUGCUCAUUUUGCACCAAACAGCAAAUUCAACUUCCACAAUUACAUUAAAAGAUCAAUGGAAGAUGAUUUCAAGGUUGUUGUUGGUAUUAGCAUUCCGUUGUGGAUAUGCUCUGUUAUAUUUCAGCUUCUCAAUGUUUAUGGAUGGUAUACAUUAACAUGGUUACCAUUUGUACCUCUAGCAGUAAUUCUUAUUGUUGGUGCGAAGCUGGAAAUUAUUAUAAUGGAAAUGGCACAUGAGAUCCAAGAUAAAACUACUGUGGUGAAAGGGGUUCCUGUGGUGGAGCCUAGUAACAAAUACUUUUGGUUCAAUCGCCCUGAGAUAAUUCUUUUCUUAAUACAUUUCACCUUGUUCCAGAUGGGUUCUCACAUGAAGAAAGCAAUAUUUGAAGAACAAACAUCAAAAGCUAUAAAGAAAUGGCAGAAGUCAGCAAAGGACAGGAAAAAGCUAAGAAUGAAGGCAGAGGCGGAUUGUUCAUCAAAAGGAUUCUCAAUGAUGAGUCCAGAUAAUCAGAGUAGUACCCCAAGUAAGGGGACGUCACCAUUGCACUUGCUUCACAAGUUUAAACACAACUCUACAGACCUUGAAGGUGGUUUAAGCACUUGUACCUCUCCUAGGUCUUUCUACUCUGAAACUGAGCUGUCCGAAAUUGAAGGUGCACCACCCUCUAGUGAUGAUUAUGAAUUAAGAAGGCAAAAAAAUCCUAAAAGGCUUCAAGAAAGCCGUAGUGCUGACUUCUCAUUUGCUAUGCCUUGA